GCUCACGAAAGCGCCGGAAGUGGUGCUUGCUUGGACCGGCUGGGAGGAAGCUGUGCGAGAGGAGACGGAGAGAGACGGAGAUCCGCGCCGAGGGCGGCUGUCGGCGGCGGAGAGGCUUCGCGAAGGCCAUGGCCUGCUCCGGAGAGGAAGUGACAGAUGAGGAGAGCGGGGAGGAGAGCAAUAGUAUGAACCUAAUGGAGUUCUCAGAUGAGAUCCUCUUGCACAUCCUGAGAUACAUUCCGGUCUCGGAUCUGGUCCUGAAUGUCCAGAGGGUCUGCCGGAAACUUUCUGUCCUCAGCCUUGACAAAAGCCUCACCCACACAGUCAUCCUACAUAAGAACUAUCAGGUGGACAAAGGCAAAGUGAAGCAGCUCAUAAGAGAAAUUGGCAUAGAGAUUCAUGAGCUGAACAUGGCUGGCUGCUAUUGGGUGCCGGGAAUCACAAUUGACCAGGUGACGCGCUGCAAAAACCUGAUGAAGCUGAACUUGUCUGGCUGCCACCUCACCUCCCUUCGCCUCUCCAAGAUGCUUUCCGCCUUGCAGCACCUCCGCUCUCUGGCAAUCGAUGUGAACCCAGGUUUUGAUGCCUCCCACUUGAGUAGUGAAUGCAAAGCUACACUGAGUCGAGUGCUGGAGCUGAAGCAGACACUCUACACUCCCUCAUAUGGAGUGGUGCCAUGUUGUACCAGCCUCGAAAAGCUCCUCCUGUACUUUGAGAUCCUUGACAGGUCGCGAGAGGGUUUAAUAAUCUCUGGACAGUUGAUGGUGGGUGAGAGCAAUGUGCCCCACUACCAAAAUCUCCGGGUCUUCUAUGCUAGGUUGGCUCCUGGACCGGUCAACCAGGAGGUGGUGAGGCUAUACUUGGCGGUGCUGAGUGACCGGACUCCGGAGAAACUCCAUGCCUUUCUCAUUUCUGCUCCUGGUGGUUUUGCACAGAGCUGUGCUGUGAAAAACCUUUUAGACUCCAUGGCUCGGAACGUGACACUAGAUACCUUACAGCUCCCCCGUUCUUGGAUGAACGGCUCCAGCCUCCUCCAGCUAUUGAAGUUCAGCAACCCCGUCUAUUUCAGUUUCAGUCGCUGCAGCUUAUCUGGCAGCCAGCUGGUCCAAAGGGUCCUGAAUGGCGGGAAAGACCUCCGCAGCUUGGUCAGUUUGAACCUGAGCGGCUGUGUCCACUGCCUGUCUCCAGACUCCCUCCUGCGCAAGGCGGAAGACGAUAUUGACAGCAGCAUUGUGGAGACGCUGGUUGCAUCCUGCUGCCACUUGAAGCACCUGAACCUCUCAGCUGCCCACCACCACAGCUCAGAAGGCAUGGGCAAACAUUUGUGCCAGCUUCUUGGCCACCUCAAAGGCCUCCUGUCUUUGGCCUUGCCUGUUUGUGCCGUUGCCGAUGUUUCCAUCACAACUACUGACAAGCCUACAGUGCAGCCGGUGGCGAAUGUGGCCUCCCAAGGUUUUGGCAAGAAAGUCCGGAUUGGGGUCCAGACCUAUUCCAGGAACUGCCUUGAGCAGGGAAAUUCCAAGCCCCCCUCCUCUGUAUUUUGGACUCUGCUGGAAAGCCUGCCUUUUCUGGAGAAGCUGGAGUUGAUUGGUUCCAGUUUCUCCUCGGCCAUGCCGAGGAAUGAGCCGGCCAUCCGGAACUCCCUGCCUCCCUGUAGCCGGGCGCAGCUUGUGGGGGAUGCAGAGAUGGCUGCCAUUGGCCAGCUGGCCUUCCUGCAGAGCCUCACUUUGGCCCAGCUGCCCAAUGUUCUCACCGGCUCCGGGCUGAUUAGCAUUGGGGUCCAAUGCCAACGCCUGCGGACUCUCUCACUGGCCAACAUCGGCCUUAUGGGGAAAGUGAUGUACAUAUCAGCCCUCAUGGACAUGCUGAAGCAGUGCAAGUGCUUGCAAGAUCUCAGGCUGGAGCAGCCGUACUUCAGUGCCAACGCUCAGUUCUUCCAAGCCUUGAGCCACUGCUCUUCGCUGCAGCGCCUUUGCAUCAUCUCCCGGAGCGGGACUUUGCAGUCGGAUGCCGUGAUGUCAUUCAUGGCCAGCUGCCUCGAGGUCAUCAUGUGCCACAUGUUUACGGGAGAAUCGCUCACAGUUUGCAGAAACCUCCAACACUCCUUGAUACGGAGUUUUCAGGCUGACAGACCCGCCCUGAAUGUCGUAGUCUUUCCUCUCCUCCACGAGGACCUGACCGACGUCAUCCGAGACGUCCCCAUGAUGCACUUGGACGAGAUCACCUUGUUCAAAAGCCGGGUGGCCGAGGAGCCUCCGAACCUGUGGUGGUGAUGGCCAAGGAGCCGGACGUUUGUCACCGACGCAAGCACGCAGCCGCUUCUCCUCGGCCGGGAUCCCCGUUCUUGAGUCUUGCUGCCAUGUUGUUUGAAUGCUGUGGUCAUUUCAGUGCUGCCGGACAGACUUACAGAUCCCUCGGAGGGCAAAAACAUACCCUUGGAAGGGGGAAAAAACACUAAAAUUUAUUUAUUUAUGUCCCUGUUUCCGACGAACUCAGCUUGGGUUUGCGGUUGGAAAAAGAUUGGAGCCUUUUGUUUUGCUAUUUAAUAAUAUAAAUUCUGCUCUAAUUGGAAUAACGGCUAAAAGGCAAGCGGGAUUUGACUUGAAAGAAUGUACUCCCUUUUCCCUUGCUUCCCCUAUCGUUGCCUGUUUUUGGACUCACCUGUUAUGUAUAUAUACAUAUAUUUUGGUGCAUCAAUGAUUUAUUUUUUUUCUUAGUGUCUUAAGGGGCUUAAAUGCAAAGGGAUUCUGUGUCAGUGGUUUCUUUAGGAGACUCAAAUGCUCUUGAGCCUUAACUGCCAAGCCCGGCUAAUCUGUUGGCAUUUCCCAAUGAGACAUGCCAUGCCUGGUGUUAACUUGCUUUUCAGUUUUGUUAGUCCUGUGGAUGUGAAGAGAAUCUCACCCUGUUAAGCCUGGGAUAUUCUUGGGAAAAGUUUCCUUUCUUGGCAGGGGAUUCUGGGAGUUGUAGUCCCCAUAGCAUCAUUUCCAAGCUUUGAUUUCUGGGUUAGCAUUAGAACGAUCCACUAAGGGUUCUCUAGGAGAUUCCUGAGUGGUAUUAAGUUCCUUAAAGGUGACUGCAUUCUUAGAAGGAUGAAUGGACACUGCAGGCUUCAGCCCCAUAGACAUGAUGAGAAUAAGGUUUCUCUGCCUUUCCAGACUUUACUUUUCAUUCCGAGCUCCAGGACAUCCUCCUUCGCAAAUCCCACUGCAAUGAAGGUCUGUGUUUUUGCAUGCAAGGCCUAUUUGUUGUGGAGGAGAACUUCUUUAACAAUUCCCUGGCAUGUCUCAGGUUGUGCCCUGUGAUUGGAUGCCAACCCAGAGUGAUUCAGGCCCUAUAGAAAAGUAUUUUUUAAUUGGAAGGAGGACCUGAUUUGAUGUAAAGGUUCGGUCCUCAGAUUUUGGCUUUACCCAUAAUCAUUUCUUGCUGAGUCUUUUGGAAAGGUCCGAAGCGGUGUACAGUUUGGCCUUGGACUGGCACAGUUUUUACCGGCACUGUGCCGGACACUUUCUUUGAGCCAUUUGCCAUCUGGAUAACCUUCCAGUAUUGCUUUACAAACCCAUCCUUUGUGGACUUGUAAUAAAAUACUUUGCUUUCUGUGUCCCUUUUGCUGCGCAGGUGGCACGCGGCAAGGCUCGGAGCUUCUCCUCAUUGUGACCGGGAAGGAGAGAAGCAGCCACCGGUCGGUUGGUCGCUCUUCUCUGGUUUUUCUCGGUGGUUUGCUUCCGCUGUUUUGUGCUUGAAGUCAUGGGCCAGCUUGGGUAUCUGUAACCAUGUGUGUGUUCAAAUGUGAUGAUGAUUAUCUGUAUGAAUUGCAUUUACAGUGGAUUUCGCUGUCGAGAAAGUAUAUAAACACUUCUCUAUA